CCAAAAAGCGGCCUCGGCGUGCCAAAAUGCAGCCAGGAAGGUGUCAGCUCUCAGGAUGUUGUGCAGCCUGCAAACCCAGAUCCAGACCCGGUCAGCACGACCACAGCAACCCCCACAACCACAGAAACCCCCACGACCACAGCAACCCCCACGACAACAGAAACCCCCACAACAACAGAAAUCACCACGACCACAGCAACCACCACGACCACAGCAACCACCACGACGACCACGACUGCAAGCACGACAACAGAAGCCCCACCAACUACCCCUGCACCAUCACCUACCACAGUCCCAACCACCACCACCACCACCACCACCACCACCACCACCACUGAGGCAGGAGAUGCUCAGCCCACUGUGCUGGCAACCACCACUCAAAGCAGCACCACCACGACCAGCUCAGGAACGUCGCUGUCCCCCAUGGCCACGUCCACUAUCGCAGUGACAGGGACCCCCCUGCCUGCCACCACCACCCCAGCCCUCACAUCCGUGCAGGACAGCUCCUCACACAACACCACGACCCUCAAAACCACCACUUCUGCAAGCUCCAUGAUUUCCCAGCAGCCCAGUAGUACAGCAGCUUCGGGAAGCUUGGGGGCCACUGCUGGUGCACAGCCCGUUGUCACUAAUGCAACCAGUCCUGCAGGAGCUGCAGGGGCUGUUGGCACAUCCUCUCCUGGCACACAGCCUCAGGGAAACCAGCCUAAUACCACUGUGAGCGCCACAAGGCCGAGGACUGACCCUCCCCAAAGCUCCAAGGAGUGUGUUGUCCCUCCUUCCCAAUGUACCACCAAGCCUCCUUCUUCUUCCAGUUCUCCAGUCCAGGAAACAACCCUUUCCAGCAGUCCUGGAAGCACCAACACUUCUAUUAUCCCCCUGGAUGGAUCCCCAUCCCUCGCCACCACCCUGACGUCACGACCUGGCAGCAAAGACACAGAGGCAGCUCCCACACCAGCUCCUGGGGCAGACCAGAGCACCCACGGUGUUGGAUCUGCAUCAGCCAAACCCACCAGUGCCUCCCAGAGCCCUGACAGUGCCCAGCCACCAGCUCCAGCCUCGGGGGACCAGGCAGACCCGGCAGAGAGCUGCAGUCCUGGCCUCCAGCACCCCAACAUUUCUCUCCCAAACAAGCUCAUCUGUGAAGACCAGGUGCAGUAUACCAGGCCCACCAUUCAGCUGAAAGAACCCAGAACCUGUGCUGAGUGGAGAACUGCCAGCAACGACCACUCCUUCUUUGAGAGCUUCUGCUCCACAGCCCAGCACGUGUUUGAUGCCAGCAGGGACUCGUGCACGGUGGUGCUGAUGGCCUGCAAGCCCAGCUCCCAGCACUGGGCUGUGCGGGUGCUCCUGCACCUUCCCUUGGACUCUGAAGAAGUCCUCACAGAGCUGAAGGAGAAGAAGGACAGGCUAGAGGAGCUGGGCAUCGUCAACAUCACCUCAGACAAGAUGGUGGAGGACAUGGCCAUCAAGGACGAGUUCAGCACGCCCCUGAUCAUCACCAUCAUCACCCUGGCCGGCUCCCUGCUGCUCGUCGCCGCCAUCUACGGCUGCCACCAGCGCUUCUCCCAGAAGAAGGACCAGAACAUCCACCCUGAUGUCCCCGGGUUUGAUGAUGGACAUGUGGCCCUGAUCUUUAAUCAGCGCCUGACCGAGGAGAUGCAGACCAUGGAGAACGGCUACCACGACAACCCCACGCUGGAGGUGAUGGAGACCUCCUCUGAAAUGCAGGAGAAGAAGGUGAACCUCAAUGGUGAGCUGGGGGACAGCUGGAUCGUUCCUCUGGACACCCUCAUGAAGGAGGACCUGGAGGAAGAGGAGGACACGCAUUUAUAGGAUGCAGAACUUGAUCAAGAGAAAAACAAUCACCCCCCCAAAAAAAUCCAUAAACCCUACACACAUGCACACAGAGCUCCAAAAUCAGGCAAAAUUCCCCCUAA